UUGCUACUGUCACGUUUGGACUUUGGGAAGGAUUUUCCACUUUCUGGUACAUUUGGUUUUUAUACGUAUAAUUUUUCUGUAUUGACUGACUUGAAAACAUAUUUAAAAAGGAAAUUAUGAAAUAUUAACUUUUUCAGUUGUGAUUCCAGUUUCUUCUUAAUAAAUGUAGGCAGGUGGAUUAUUUUGCUAACAAUAAAAGCAGGUUAAAACCUGCUAAGAAGCUCACAAGAUGUCCACCUGCAAGUCAGAUAAACAUCCAGCAUUGAAGAAAAUGUGCCAAAGCUCUUUUUUCAGUCUGUCUUUAGAAUUGAGAGGCUUUUAUUUGCUGAUUUAAGGAUCAGAUUCUGAUUUAUUAAAGACUCUAUAUUGUGUAGUUAGAGAUUUAUGGUGACAUCAGUCAAAUUUGAUGAGCAAGACACAGCAGACCUGCUGGUUUUUGGAGAACAGAAGGCUGGACAAAAUUUAUCAAACUGAAACAUGAAGUAAGACAUUUAAUACAGAACUACCACACAGCAACAGCUUUACCAGCUAAGAUUAUGUCAUCCUACAAGUUCUGACAGAUACCGAAAGAAGAAGUUAAUGCUUCUUUUGGUGUCAGUUUUAAAAGCAGCUUCUGUUAAAGAACUGGAUUUCACCUUCUGACAAUACUAUAUAAGGACUAAAUAAUAUUCCAAUGAAUCACAGCCGGCACCAGCAGAAUAGAAGCUAUCCUUCAUUCUUUUCACUACAACUGAUUUGGCUGCAGACAAUGAAAACUUCAGUGGGAAUCUGUAUUUUGCUUCUUGCUCAUGCAGCCUCAACUGGAAGUUGUGGUCGCAGUGACAAGAGUGUUGCAGAAGUGUUCAGACCACUAUUUAGCCAUAAUGCAGAAUGGAGAUCACAACACUGUGCGCUGUUAUUGGUAAGUAAUAAAAAGUUUAUUUGAGCUGUAAAAAAGUAAUGAAAUCUCUGAUAAAAUGUACAUAUAAACUGGUCAGUGACAGUAUUCAUAAACUACAUCUUGAAUAUAACUCUUCAAUUACAAAAUUGUUUCCUUUUGCAGCUUAUCUUCAAGUCCUUCCGAACAGAUCGCAGUUCUUCCAGUACGAAUCUGUCUCCUUCCGUUUGAACUGUGAUCAGCAAGCAAACCCAGCUGCAUGGAGAGUAAAAAGGAACACAUCCAAACAGAUAAAUGCACUCUGUCCUUCGUAUUUUACUGGAAGAAAAGAAUCUAAAUGCAUCCUAAAUGAUCUUUAUGAGGCAGACACUGGAGUGUACUGGUGUGAAUCUGAGGCUGGAAAGAGCAGCAACGCCAUCAACAUCACUGUCACUGAUGGUGAGUUGAUCCUUGAGAGUCCUGCACUUCCUGUGAUGGAGGGGCACGAUCUGGUUCUGCGAUGUAGAACGAGAAUAGUAUCUGAAAAUCUUCUAACUAAGUUUUACAAAGAUGAGCGUUUUAUCGGGAGCAGCUGGACAGGAAACAUAACUCUACACAGUGUUUCUAAAUCCGAUGAAGGACUCUACAGAUGCUACAUAUCUGGAGCUGGAGAAUCACCAGACAGCUGGCUGAGUGUCAGAGGACAGGAAACAGGACCUGAGUUGCUGCGCUCCCUUCAUGGAAACAUUGUGCUUCCUGUGGUGGUCACUAGCGUUUCCCUUUUCUUAGCGAUGCUGCUCUGUCUGUGCAGAAACCACCAAGCAGGUAAAUGUGACUCUUCGGUUCUGAUGUAUACUAGAAUAAUCAACAGACAUACAUGCAGAACGAAAGAUCUUCUCCAGAGGGGGCGCUCCUCCGUACUCUCUGCUGUGGUUGUAUACAGACCUGUCCUCAGACCUGGAUUGGGUUCGGCAAGGGUUCAGACUUAUAAAGCCUACAGAGAUGACAGGAAUAAACAGCAAACUUUUUCAUCUUUACUAAAAACAAAGUGACUCACCUGUAAAGUAGAGUAAUUGAGGUCAAAGACAGAUUAAGUUUAAACAACUUUAUAAGCAGGAAAUCUUGUUACAAAAUAAUUGUUACAAGUUAAUACAAUCAACACCAGUUUAUAUCAGUUUUUAUUUCAUUUAAUGAAAAAAAGUUGAUCUGUUAAAUUUUCCUGCAUAAGGUUAGGCGUAAUGACGUUAUGGUACAUGAUUUGUUUUCCUUACCAACAGUAAUGGACUGUCGCUGGCAGACAGCAUCUGACCAAUGAGAGAAAGCUAAUUUCAGGUGGACGUUUGAGACCUGACUUGGACUUGCCCUUCCAACAAACACCCGACUUAAAAUAAUAACCUGCAAGAAUGAACGAUUAGGUUAGCAGCUUCAGAUGGACAAUUAUUUUAAAAGAUCUAUUUUCGCAUCAUUUUACUGGAAAACUCUUCAGGUUCCGUUGUUUGGUUUUCAGACUGUGACCCCUAGUUGUAGAGCUCUAUUUCUACAUGAAUUUGUACAAUUUAAACAGGAAGUUGUGCUUGCUGUGAUGGUAGAGGUGGAGCCAGCAUUCAGGCCAGUAUUCAGCCUUUGGGGCACAAUGGAGAUCACGACACUGUGAGCUGUUGCUGCUUUUCUGAGAGUCCUUCCCAGCAGAUCCCAGUUCUUCCAGAAUGAAUCUACCAAGCUGCAGGAAAACCUGACUGAGUGGACAGUAAGAAGUAAAACCCCAAAACGGUGACUACGUUCACCUUUUUGAAAUGGAUUCUGGAGUGUCUCGGUCUGAAUCUGAGACAGAAAGAAGCUGUACCGCCGUCCACAUCACUGUAACAGAUUGACAAGUCAUUUUAUAAUGCAGAGGAAAAAUGGUUCAUCUUGUUCUUGGAGGUGGAGAUACUUUAACAAGAAAAGAAUAGGAACUGUAAAUGAAAGAACAUUUAAACAGUUUAGGUUUUUCCAUUGGUGAUUAUUCUUGGAAUCAAUAUGUCCCUUCAUUAGUUUGUACACUUGUUUCACAUUCAGUCAUUGCUGUUUUAUUCCCUCCUACUUCCUCAUCGUAUGCACAUACUUCAACCAUUCCAUAUCUAUGUACUUCUCUUGAUAGCAUUUUAGUUGUUUUGUUAAUAAACAGAAAAACCUUUUCAUCUUUACUAAAGACCAA